UCUUCUCUACUAAGUCUUCUAGUGGAACCUCUCAUUUAAGACAUCAUCUAAAUAGCUGUUUGAAAAAAGUUAAUAAGGACAUUAGUCAAUACACCAUAGCCACUCAACCAUCAUUAGGAGGUGUUCCAUUUAAAAAAAAACUACAAGUUUGAUGCUGAUGAGUGUCGUAAAGCUAUUUCUACUUUUCUUGUAUGUGGCAAGCAUUCAUUUAGGACAGUUCAAGAACCGGGAUUUAGAUACAUGAUAAGUAUUGCUAGUCCUAAUUUCAAGAAUAUAAGUAGAUAUACAGCUGCUAGGGAUAUCCUAAUGUAUUAUGCAAAAGAGAGAGAUCGUGUUAAAGAAAAGUUGGUUAAAGCACCUGGUUUAAUUUGUCUAACCUCUAAUAAUUAGAACUCGAAGCAUACUAAUGAUGAAUAUAUUUGCAUUACUGCUUAUUGGGUUGAUGAAAAUUGGAAGCUACAAAAGAGAAUCAUAAGGUUUAGAGCUUUAUUUCCUCCGUAUGAUGGUUUGAACAUAGCGGAUGAACUUGUUUUAUGUUUAUCUCAAUGGGGUAUAGACAAGAAAAUUUUUAGCAUCACUUUGGAUAAUGCUUCUUAUAAUGAUGUUAUGGUUUCUUGUCUUAAAAAUCGUUUUCGUGCAAACCGAGCUAUUUUGUGUGAUGGUGUUUUUUUUCAAAUUAGAUGUUGUGCACAUAUAUUGAAUCUCAUAGUUAAAGCUGGUUUGGAACUUGCUAAUGAUGUUGUUGGUAAGAUUCGAAAUGGAAUUAAGUACAUAAAAAAUUCGAGAACUUGUAGGAAAAUAUUUUAUGAUGUGGCCGACAAAAGUUUUCAUUUGAAUGUGACCAAAAAGUUGCGUCUAGAUGUCUGUGUGAGAUGGAAUUCUACUUAUUUGAUGCUUGAAUCUUCUCUUUACUAUAAAGAUGUGCUAGAUUAUUGGGGCCAACGAGAUAAAGAUUAUCAAAUAUUUGCACUUUCUAACGAGGAGUGGAGAAACGUUGCUAUUCUUUGCAAAUUUUUGAAAGUCUUUUAUGAUGUGACUUGUGUUUUUUCUGGUUCUAAUUAUCCAACGGCUAAUCUUUAUUUUAGAGGGGUUUGGAAGGUUCACAAGGUCUUGCUUGAUACAGUUAAAGGUCCUUAUUUGUUUUUAACUCCAAUGGUUAAGCAAAUGCAAGAGAAAUUUAAUAAAUAUUGGGCUGAGUAUUCGUUGAUAUUGUCAUGUGCUGCAAUUUUAGAUCCUCGUUACAAGUUGAAUUAUGUGCAGUAUUGGUUUACUACAAUCUAUGGUCUUCAUGCUUCAGAUUUUGUUGAAACCAUUCUUAGCAAUCUUAGACUCUUGUUUGACGAGUAUGUUAAGAAAUCCAAAUCCACGUUUUCCUCUUUGGCUGAGAGUUCUAAUGUUUCGGAUAAAAAUCCUGUUGAUUCUAGUUUGGAUGAACACAAUGUUAAUAGUGUUGAUUUUGGGGGAGAUUUUGAUUAGAGUGAUGAUUAUAAACGAUAUUUAA